GAUAAGGCGGGUACACGUGGAGAGGGCGUACUGGCUGGUGGACUCGCCUUGAAAUCUCGCUCUCAGACCGCCCGCAGACCGCAGUGGACAUGGAGCGGGAGACGCCGGAGGCCGCGCCACCACCGACCUUUCUCCGCGGGGAGGAGGCGUCGUCGGGGUCUUCGUCGGCGCGCGCGCGGUUCGAGCGCCUGAUCCGGCGGGUCCAGGCGGAGGUGUGCGCGGCGCUCGAGGCAGUCGAGGAGGGCAGCAGCAACGGCAACGGCGGCGGGGUGUUCCGGGAGGACGCGUGGACGCGCCCGGGCGGAGGCGGCGGUAUCAGCCGCGUGCUGCAGGGCGGCCGCGUGUUCGAGAAGGCCGCCGUGAACGUGUCCGUCGUCUACGGAGUCAUGCCCCCAGACGCCUACCGCGCGGCGAGGCCCGACGCGGCGGCGGCCGUGGAGAAGGCCGGGCCCGUGCCCUUCUUCGCUGCCGGCGUUAGCUCGGUUAUCCACCCAAACAAUCCCUUCGCGCCAACAUUGCAUUUCAACUACCGAUAUUUCGAGACAGAAGCUCCGCAAGAUGUUCCUGGGGCACCCAGGCAGUGGUGGUUUGGAGGUGGUACUGACUUGACACCAUCGUACAUCAUCGAAGAGGAUAUCAAACAUUUUCAUUCUGUUCAAAAACAAGCAUGCGAUAAGUUUGAUCCAACCUUCUACCCAAGAUUCAAGAAAUGGUGCGAUGAAUAUUUUCAUAUCAAGCAUCGUGGUGAACGCCGUGGGGUGGGCGGAAUAUUCUUUGAUGAUCUCAGUGACCAUGAUCAAGAAACUCUACUUGACUUCGCGGCAGAGUGCGCGGCCUCUGUAAUUCCUGCAUACAUCCCCAUCAUAGAACGUCGGAAAGACACCCCAUUUACAGAAGAUCACAGGGCAUGGCAGCAGCUACGGAGAGGUCGCUAUGUGGAAUUCAACCUCGUCUAUGAUCGUGGCACAACAUUUGGCCUCAAAACUGGAGGACGGAUCGAGAGUAUCCUUGUUUCCCUCCCUCUGACGGCACGGUGGGAGUAUGAUCAUGGGUGGCAUUUUGUCAAGUUUGCUCAGGUGCUAUUUGUGUGCAGAAACCGCAAGAAGGGACUAAAGAAUGGAAACUUCUCGACGCGUGCAUCAAUCCAAAGGAAUGGAUCUGAUUAGUUUGAGCUGGAAGUGCUUGCUCUCCAGUUUUCCCUUGUGUACUGGUGUCAAAAACGCUCUUAUAUCAUGGGACGGAGGGAGUAGUAUAUUUUGAAGUGUCUUCUGUGUGUAGAUUUUGUGCAUUUUCAUGGUGCGGUUUCUUCCAGUGAGCUUAUCAAGCUUGGAAAUCUGUGUUUGGCUGUUUGCUUAAUUUUCGCCCUUCGAAUAAAAACCUCUAUUCAAGUGA